AUGCAAGUUUGUAUUGCUGGAUUUAAAAAGGGGCAUCUGAAAGUAUUGGCACAUUCGUACAAUAGGUCCCUGGGUGGUAGGGAUUUUGAUGAGGCUUUGUUUCAUCAUUUUGCUGCAAAUUUCUUUCUCUCUCACCAUUUCUUUCUCUCUCACCGUAACAGUACCUCACUUCUCCCUCACCGCCGCCGUUACAAAAUCGAUUCACGCCACUGCCGUAAGAAACUCCUUCCAUCUCAGUUGAAGAAGAAGCUUUCAAACCCCAUCGAUUUGGAUUUUGUACCUCCCUCACACGAAGAAACCCCAUCUCUGAAACCUUUCAAUCAUAUCCUUUUGUUCCCUACUAAUCGCGCUGCCCAAAAACGCCGUCGUAGAAAACCUAACACCGCCUCGCAAAGCUCUUCGUCGCUUGCUCAAUCUCUUCGCUCCCCGAUUUGUGGCUUUGCAGCUGGACUGUUUCAUUCCCGUUUAAUUAGAAGGGCGUUGGUUGUGGCCCCCAAAACACUAUUGCCACAUUGGAUCAAAGAGUUAACGGUUGCCGGUCUAUCUGAGAAAACAAAAGAAGGCGUUCUUCUCACCACAUACGAUACUGUCCGCAACAAUUCCAAGUCCUUACAGGGGCGUAGGUAUUUGAACAACGAGGAUAAUGAAGAUGACCCUACGUGGGACUACAUGAUACUUGAUGAGGAAUUGUGGGCAUUGUUCAAUUUCUGCUGCCCUGAGUUGCUUGGUGACAAGAAAUGGUUCAAAGAUAAAUAUGAAACACCUAUACUUCGGGGAAAUGAUAAAAAUGGCUCUGACAGAGAGAAGCGUAUUGGUUCAUCUAUAGCAAAGGUGGUACUAUUAGGCAAUGUAUUGAUCUGAGAUAGAAAGGAGAUACAAGUGAGAACAAUGAAUGAGCAGGUUGAUUCUACUUACACUCAUAACAUUGAGAAAUUGGUGAAGAAAGUAUGCAUGAUAUCAUUUUUGCAAUUUCUGGCUUCUUUAGCUAUGACAAUAUAAAAGUUGGUGAUAUAGUUGUAAAAAACCACUUAUGUCUCGAUGUUUAAUUUGUGGAUAGGUGUUGGGUUUAUUUGUUUUUAUUUGCUUUUCAUGUUAGGCUGCUUUAUUUGAUAAAUGAAGGUAGUGAUUAAUUGGAAUUUGGAAGAGAAAUGCAUAUGAACGUGUGGAUUCGAAGGACUUUCAGUUUGUGCCGAUUCAAAUAUGUCAUGGGCUGGUCGUUUGGUUAACCGAUGGUUGUCAAGUUGUGGUUAUAAGCUUUGGUAUGAGAUUCGAAUAUUCUUCGGAGGACCUGACGAUAAUGAAGCGCUUGCUUACGGUAUGAGAAUAGCCGAACAUCCUGACAUUGUGCUAACUGUUGUUAAAUUUGUGUCUCCACCCGGAACAACAUUAUCAUUCGGCGCUAAGUUAGUCGGUGUUGCAUCGGUAGAAUAUACUAUGUUAGGAAGAAUGUAAAUAGGUUAACAGUUGAUUAUAUAUUAUCAAAGAAUGUAAAUAGGUUAACUGGUGAUUGUAUGUUAUCAUUUCAUCAUUAAUUUUUUUACUAAGGUGCUUUUGAAUUUUCAUUUGUAUCAUAUUUCCAAACAAUGAUAUUAUUAUUAUUAUGAUUAUUAUUA